AAGUCGAACUGACAGUGCCAGGUGAUCGUCGCCUGGUAAUAUCCUAUUACCGGGAAAGAGAGUUCAAUCAUGUCGAUCAUUUACAGUCUCAUAGCUCGCGGUACUACUGUUCUAGUCGACUACACAGAAUCUAGUGGUAACUUCCAACAGAUAACAGGUUCAAUUUUGCAAAAGAUUCCCUUGCACGAUGAUACGAAGUGCACGUACGUUUCUGGAAGCUACCAUUUUCAUGUGAUAGUUGAUGAUGGUCUUGUUUAUCUUUGUAUGGCUGAUGAGGACUUUGGAAAGAGACAGCCAUAUGCAUUCCUAGAGGAGAUAAAAAGAAGAUUUGUUAACAGUUCACUGAAGCAAAGAGCAAUUUCAGCUCAUGCAUAUGAAUUCAGACGAGAUUUUGGACAAGUACUGGCUAGUCAAAUGUCAUUAUACUCUGAUCCUGGAUACGAUGAGUCAGACCAGAUUGCUAAAGUUCAGAAGGAAGUUAAUGAGGUCAAAGAUGUCAUGACUCAAAAUAUAGAAAAAGUACUUGAAAGAGGUGAGAAGAUCGAUGUUCUUGUGGGAAAGACAGAGGAACUGGAUCAUAGUUCUCAGGUGUUUCACAGACAAGCAAAAAGGUUACGCAGAGAAAUGUGGUGGAAGAACAAGAAGAUCUGCCUCAUUUUGGUUUUUGUAGUAGCCAUCAUAAUUGCAGUAAUUGUACUGGCUAUUCUUGGUGUUGAAGGAAAGCUUUAAUAAUGUGCCAUUAGUUGAUAAGCUUCACAUUUUUAUAUUAGUUCUACAUACAAUCUGUCAUUCACAUUAUAUAGUAAAUUUCCAGUUUAUGCUUUGAGUUAUUGAACUGUGUAAAGUUUUCUUAAUCACCACACAAAGAAAUUUUUGCAGCCUAAGGUGUAUUUGACUACUAUAAGAAAAUACAUUGGCAGCUUUAAGUCCAGGAAAAUGUUAGUGACCAGUUCCCAAUCAGUUUUAGUUUUGUAUCCUUUUGGUUACAAACAUGGCAAAGAAAUUAGCACUAAUUAAAGCAUAAACAACACAAUCCUUGAUUUAUUUUGCCUCCUUUUCUUGCCAUUUCCUUUGGAAUGUCACCAUAGGCUGGGAAGGAUUUCAUGUCAUCCUGAAGAAGGGGUGCAAAGAAAAAAGAAAGACAUUCAAAUUAAUGUAGCCUUUAAAAACACAGUUAUUCAAUUAGUCGCAAUAAUUUCAUCUUUUAGUUUUUUAGAUAAUCUAGAAACUGUAGUAAAACAUUUAAAAGUUGAACAUAAUCAUUUAAUUCAAAUACUAUUAGGCGCAAUAGUAAUCAAAAUGUCCAUAAUAGAUCCUUGAUUCAUAUUGAUGGUCAUAUAGUCUGAUUUGCAAGCUCUAAAAUAGCCACUAAGUUAGUUCUACAGGCAUACAUUAAAGCAAAAAGAGGGAAAGUGUUUGCAAGACACCUUUGGGCACCAGGCAAAACUUAUCAGUUCACCUAUCUCUGUUUUGCUGCAUCACCUAUUCAUUGCAUAGCAGUAAGAUAACGAAGUGAACCUUUUUAAUACAUGUUUUGUCUAUUAUUCUUCAUCAUAGCACUGGCUUACUGGCUAUUGGACUGUUUGUUAGCUACUGAUAUGAUAUUUUUAUAGUAACUCUUAACAGUAUAUCCCUACUAGAAUGGACUACAAGCUGUCCCUGUUUUCAACAAAGUCAGUCACGCAAGUCGAAAUAAAUCAAUGAAAAAAUAAAUUGAUGUUAGGGUGCUAGAUGGAACCCUGAGAGUGAGGUGCACAAAGAGUGAGGCACCUCACUCCUAGAGUUCUGCAUAAUGCGCUAGCAUAUAUUUGAAAUUUUCAUUCCCUGAAUUUUUUAACUUGCUCAACAGACUUAAAUGAUAAGGUGGGACUGCUCCUAGUCCACUACUAUAAAGUCUAAAUACUUCAAUUAUUUUUCGCAUACUUGGCACUGGUCAAGGCUUGAUUAAAACUAAUUUGUAUUUAGUUAACUGCCAGUCUAGUGUUUGUAGGCAGCUCAUCGAGGGGUGCUGUUAAUAAAAAGGGUGUCAAACACCCUGAUCCAGAUUGAUCUCAUUAAAAGUAGACUUGUACUGAACAUA